AUUAUUUUAUUUUAUUUUGGUCUACAGGCAGAGAUCACUCCUAGCGGUAGCGGUUGUGGAUUAGGAGGAGAAGAAACAUCUUUCGAAGGACGAGGACGAGGGCGAUAUGGAUGAGGUAGUGGAGGCAGUGGAGAAGGCGAAGAAAGAAUGGGAAGAGACGUAUUCUAAAGCACAACAACACAUGAAAGCAAUUCAAGAUUACGACGCCAAAUCUUCUUCUUCUUCUGUUUCUCUUCCGAGAUUGAAUGGCUUGGCACAAGAUUGUUUAGCUUUGCUUCAAUCCUUGCAGUUCCAGCUCGAUCUCCUUGCUCCUCAAUUGCCUACCGAUGAUCAAAUCAAAUCCGCCCUCCAAUUACUUGAUUCCUGGAAACAGCUUUACCAUGAUUUGCGGGUGAGUUUGAGAAAUGCUAAUUUGCAAGCCAAGGCUAACAUGAGAAAAGCUGCUCAACAAGAGAGAGAGCUUCUUCUUGGUGGUGGAGAAGAGUCCACUAUUCGCAGGCGAAAUUUGCAGACAAAGGCUGGGAUGACAUCCGCUGCAGAGAGCAUCACAGAGAGCCUUCGCAGAACUCGUCAGCUAAUGGUUCAGGAGGUUGAAAGAAGUACUGGCACUCUCAUGACUUUUGAGGAAUCAACAACAGUAUUAAGGAAGGCUGAAACAGAAUAUAAGGGUCAUCGCUCAUUGUUAUCGCGAACUCGCAAUCUUCUCUCUAUGAUGCAACGUCAGGAUGUUCUUGACAGGGUGAUACUGGCAGUAGGAUUUUUCUUGUUUUCAUGUGCUGUUCUUUAUGUUGUUUCCAAGCGCAUUGGCGUACUUGCAUUGCAGAGAAAGGUUACUGCUGCCUUAAAAGCUGGUAUGGCCGGAAAAGGAGCCAUCAAAGCCAGAGCUGUUGAAGAUGCUAUACCCAGAGUUAUUGAAGAUGGUAUUAAUGUUGCUCAUGUCUUGGACAAUGCAGUUCCCCAGGUGGAAGUACGUGUAGAACAAGCCAUGCACGAUGAACUUUAAGGUUCUAGGUUUUGCUAAUUUAAGUCCUUGUACAGGGGCUCUUCAGCUUUCUUACCCGUGUUUCCAUAUGCUGGCUCACUUACAAACUCGAGUAAUAUACCAUGCGAUAGGUUGUCGCAUUUUUAUUCUGUUGAGGCUACCUUGAUGAGCGAUUAAAAAAAAUAUGAGUUUGUCAUUGGCUA